AUGGAUGAAAACUUAAAAGUUGAGGACAGCUUGAACGCAGAGGCCAUUAACCUGAGCGUGCUGAACUGGGAGCAAGUGCAGCGCCUGGACUCCAUCCUCACAGGCUCCAUACCCAUACACGGCAGAUGGAGCUUCCCCACUUUAGAGAUGAAGCCGCGGGACAUCGUCAAAGUGGUCCGCAGCCGCAUGGAGGAGAAAGGGAUCCACGUCAGAGAGGUGCGUCUGAACGGCUCUGCGGCCAGCUACGUGUUGCAUGAAGACAGCGGCCUGGGCUGGAAGGACCUGGACCUGAUCUUCUGUGCAGAACUCAAAGGAGAGAUGGAGUUCCGAAUUGUGAAAGACAUAGUUCUGGACUCGCUUCUAGAUUUUCUGCCAGAGGGAGUCAAUAAGGAAAAAAUAACUCCAGUGACGUUAAAGGAGGCCUAUGUGCAGAAGAUGGUGAAAGUGUGCAAUGACUCUGACCGAUGGAGUCUCAUCUCUCUCUCCAACAACCGCGGCAAGAACGUGGAGCUCAAGUUUGUGGACUCUCUUCGAAGGCAGUUUGAGUUCAGCGUAGACUCCUUCCAGAUCCGCCUGGACUCACUGCUGCUGUUCUAUGAGUGCUCAGAACAUCCCAUGGCCGCCACCUUCCACCCAACCAUCCUGGGAGAGAGUGUCUAUGGAGACUUCCCCACCGCUCUGGACCAUUUGCGUAAGCGCCUGAUUUGCACCAGGAGUCCUGAGGAAAUCCGAGGAGGGGGCCUACUCAAAUACUGCCACCUGCUGGUGCGGGGCUUCCGUGCCGCCUCUGAAGAGGAGAUGAAACUGUUACAGCGGUACAUGUGUUCACGUUUCUUCAUAGACUUCCCAGAUGUGACUGAUCAGAGGAGGAAGCUGGAGUCUUACCUUCAGAACCACUUUGUGGACAUAGAAGACCGGAAGUAUGACUACCUUUCCACGUUAUACCACGUGGUUCAGGAGAGUACGGUGUGCCUCAUGGGUCAUGAGAGGCGGCAGACACUCAGUCUCAUCUCCUCUCUCGCACUGAGAGUCCUAGCUGAACAAAAUGCCAUCCCAAAUGCUGCAAAUGUCACCUGCUUUUACCAGCCAGCCCCAUAUGUUUGUGAUGGAAACUUUAACAAUUACUACAUAGCACAGGUCCAACCAAUGUAUGCAUGUCCAAUAUCACCUCAACAGUACAUACCUCCACCGCAGCAUCCCAUGUACGCUCCAUGGCUCUCCUGCAACUGA